GAAAAGCCCAAUCAUUAUUAUACCACUGCUCACCCAGUGAACCUUUGAUCAAGCCAGAAACCCCACUAUAGACGCGAGCCUGAUGCAAUUCAUUAUUGACGUCAUACCUAAUGUGUGCGUGUGAACGGCACGGCGCGGAUAGAUAGGCAUUGGAUCUGUACUCAAGAGAGGAGGAUGGGCGAUACUCUCAGACUUUUCAGUUUGGACCUCGAGGAAUUUUAUUAUCAACUAUCACAAGAGUAAACAUCGACAGCAAUUCUCAGUUUUUUGAAAGAAUCUGAGCCUCUUCUCCCACAUCUUCAAUUGGGGCUGCGAAGCUCCAUUGUGCGUCCUGAAACUCAGUUGGAUCAGAUUCGGACGAUGAAUCGGAGUCGAUCGACACAACUGUGGAAACGGACACUGACACCUUUUGAGAUGAUGAAAUUUGUUGAAACUCUUCCUUCAAAAGCAUUGCGUUCGCAGUCUCAACAAAUUCAUCUCUUCUUUCCUUUGCCCAGUCUCUGGCAUUUCGAUACCAUGUGGCACCCUGUUGAAAGGUUCCUAAAUUACCAGUCAUAGACCAGCUAUUGAGUUGGGUCAUAAUAUAUUCAGGUUCAUGCCGAGCACCAACAGUUUUGAUCGGAUGGGACGUGUAAAGCUUUAGGGUGCCGUCAUGAUAGGUUGAUGCUAUGGUAUACGCAUUGCUGUCGUAGGCUAACUCGCUAUUUCCAUAUGACUGAAUAUUUUGCAUGGCCCGAGCACCCAGUGCAGCAUCAUAGCAAGCCUGUCUUUUAGCGACUGCCGCAGACUGGUCCGAUGACUUCACCUCUAGAUAGAAGUUUGGUAGUAUCGGACGACUAUCCUGUGUCGAAGGGACGAUGGUGUCGUGAAGAUUGCAGCGGAUUUGUCUGUCAAGUUGUUCGGGUCGAGCACCAAAAAAACGAUCCGGCCAGGCACUUGAGAUUGUACCAUCAGUUAAGGGCUUCAGGUUCCCGAAUGGAUAUCCUCCUCCCACAGCCUUACGAUCUGUAAUACCGCCUUCAAUGGUAGGAAUUACCGAGUUUGUUAGUAGCUCAACGGUUGCAUCCGUGUUCGCCUCCUUAAAUUUCUCAAAUUCCUCCUCGGUGAACCUCGAAGGGGACAGGGAACCUCGUGGCCGAUCUAGUUGCUGAUUGAUCACUGUCCAAUUUUUCGGCUUCCCCGGUUUUUGACCGCUGGGAUAUCUAUAUCCUUCGGGGUAGAUGCCAUGAUCGAUCAGAUGCUGCUCAAAGUUACGACUAUAAGUCCCGCCGCUGCGUGAGGAUCGCUUGUUAGAGGAUGGAGCGGUUGUUGAUGGGCGUCGUUUGUUCAGGGAGGGCUGGCUUGAAUCUAUCCUCCGAUUGAGAGGGCUUCUAUAUUGUGGAAACUAGACAGAGACACAUUAGGAUUGAGUUUGUACGGAGUACGUAGUCAUUACAUACAUUUCUGAGGUCAGAAAGAUCUGGGCCACCGUGUUUCGAAAGCUCUUUUAUCUCUUUGAAAAGAUCCGGCCCACAUGAACUAAGGAAAUCUGCAGCGUACUGAACGAGAUGCCUGCUUUGUAGUUUGGAGUAAAACUGUCUGAGUUCCUUCGAUCUAAUUCUGUCAGUGUCCCUUUUGUCAACCAAAUCGUGGAUAGGUUGUCCCAAAACUCUGGGGCCGGUCGUCGAGUUCCCGCUCUACCGGUCGGAUCGCGUUUCUGCCUCUUUGUGUCUGGUUCAAGUUGCGAUAUAAUACUUCGUUCCGAAAAUUGCUCUGCAUGCUGGCGCUUGGGUCGCGAACAGGGCAGUUGUGUCACAGACAUAUGGCAAUGCUCGCGGGCAACUUCACCUACGAUAGUGGGGGGUGUUUGCAGGGAAUAAAACUAGCUGAGUGAUGGUUGGCUGCAGUUCAGCGGCAGCUGAGUCAGACUUUGCAUUGACAUUGCUAUAUGUUCCCCCAGUCUUGGCACUCUUUUUGUGUUCGCAAGCAUUGCGUCCGCCACAAUAACUGAUCUCAUCCGCCGCCUGGGGUAACCUUCGGAACAUCACAUCAAAAUAGGAGCCCAGCGGAGUCUCUCCAACAAACUUUUACCACUUUAUCCUCCCUUAAAUACAUACGUCCACCGACUGUCCCUCUUUUAGUGUCCUUCAACAAUCAAUGAGUCUUCGACAUCCGCCGCUCGCCCAAAGUACAUGACAAACGCAAGAUGAGCGGGAGACUCCUCUCCCACGGCACUGCCGUGCUAGCUAGGAGAAGCCUUCUAGCUCGCCAACUGCACAAUGUCGGAGCGAGGACGGGCGGUCUGCUGCGUUCGUCCCAGGGCGGCGCUGUUGGUAUCCGCGGGAGGUCACGGCCACUGCGCGCGAACUGGAUUCACAACGUCCCCGCCGUCCGCACUUUCUCCUUUGCCCGCGCCCUCCCCAAGUUGGCUCUGAAGUUCGUUAGGAUACCCGCCAUGUUUGGCGGUGCUAUGGUUGCAGGUCUCGCAUAUAUUCAAUAUCAGGCUGCUCAGGCCGGGAAUUACGCCAUGGAUGUUAUUCGACAAGCCGGCGACACUGCGGGCGGGGUUGGCUUGUCCAUUUUAAACAAUAUCCAGGAUAUCGCUGAACAAACGAAUCGUGGGUGGCAAAGAACGAAAGAAGAGAUCGAGUUGCCUGAAUGGGCGCAGAAGGUUCUCCGGCUCAAAGAACAGUCAGAAUCCGGGGGUGGAGGGUCGUCGGGCGGUGGCGGACGUGGUUCUCCAAAGGAGAGUAGGGUGGGUGCGGCUGUGGUGGCGGGUACUGCAGCAGGUGCCGGACUCGGUCAUGACUCUGACGACGACCUUGGAUCUAACAAGAUGAAUGCGAUCGAUGACCAGAUGAUGAUAUUGACGAGAAAGAUGAUCGAAAUCAGAAGUAUUUUACAACGUAUCGGCCAGUCCAACGCGUUAACCUUGCCAUCGAUUGUGGUGAUCGGGUCUCAAUCUUCUGGUAAAAGUUCUGUACUGGAGGCUAUUGUGGGCCAUGAGUUCCUCCCCAAGGGCUCGAAUAUGGUAACAAGGCGGCCGAUUGAGCUAACCCUUGUUAAUACGCCAAAUUCACAAACAGAGUAUGGUGAAUUUCCAGCCCUUGGGCUUGGGAAAAUGACAGACUUUGGCCAAAUUCAACGCACGUUGACCGAUCUCAACCUUGCGGUUUCGGAAAGGGACUGCGUGUCAGACGACCCGAUCCAACUUUCUAUUUAUUCUCCUCACAUCCCUGACCUGUCGCUCAUCGAUCUACCCGGCUAUAUCCAGGUUGCCGGGCGUGACCAACCCCCAGAGCUUAAACAGAAGAUCUCCGAUUUAUGUGACAAGUACAUCCAAGCGCCCAAUAUCAUUCUUGCUAUCUCCGCAGCAGACGUAGACUUAGCCAAUUCUACAGCCCUUAGAGCGUCGCGACGGGUCGACCCUCGCGGGGAACGAACUAUUGGUGUUGUCACAAAAAUGGACCUGGUUGAUCCGGAGAGAGGAGCAAGUAUACUUUCUGAUAGCAAAUAUCCUCUCCGGUUAGGCUAUGUAGGAGUCGUUUCUCGCAUUCCUCAUACAGCGGGACUAUUUUCCCGAGGAACUGGGAAUAUUACGAAUGCCAUUGUCAAGAACGAAAAUGCUUUUUUUGGCAGCCACCCACAAGAAUUUGGUGCAGACUCUGAACUCGCUGUUGGAACUACGACACUACGGAAGAGGUUGAUGCAUACCCUGGAGCAAUCAAUGGCUUCAAGCCUAACCGGAACUCGCGAUGCUAUUCUCCAGGAGCUUGAAGAAGCAACGUACGAAUUCAAGGUCCAGUACAAUGAUCGUCCAUUGAGCGCAGAGUCCUAUCUCGCAGAGAGCCUGGACAGCUUCAAGCAUUCAUUCAAGGAGUUUAGCGAGAGUUUCGGUCGUCCUCAGGUUCGUGAAUUACUGAAAAGCGAACUCGACCAGAGGGUUCUUGAUAUUCUCGCGCAGAGAUACUGGAAUAAACCCGUUGAUGACCUUUCUCCACCCGUACCGGAACCUGACCCUCUCUCCGAUCUUCCAAAAGCAGACCCUGAGUCUCUCUAUUGGCACCGCAAACUGGAUGCAUCUUCAUCCGCCCUUACAAAAUUAGGGAUAGGCCGCCUAGCGACAACGAUAGUGGCCAAUGCGUUACAAAACCGCGUCGAUGACCUUAUUGCCGCUUCUACGUUUGCGUCUCACCCAUACGCACAAAAGGCCAUAGCGGAUGCGACGGUCACCAUUCUCAAUGACCGAUUCUUCAGCACAAGUGAUCAAGUUGAGAAUUGCAUCAAGCCAUACAAGUUUGAAAUAGAAGUGGAUGAUCUAGAGUGGGUCAAGGGACGGGAAAGCAUUAGCAAUGUGCUGAAAGAAGAGCUCAAAGCAUGUGGCCAUGCCCUGAAGCAUGUGGAAGAUAAUAUAGGAAAGAGGAAGCUAAAGGAUGUCAUGACUUUCAUCGAUAAAGUGCGGAAAGGAGAUACGUCUGUUGAGGGAGAUGGUUCUGGUGGUGCUGGUGGAUUUAGUGCCGCGUUGCUGCAAAAAGGCCGAGAAGCCGUCUUCCUCCGUGACCGCGCAGAUCUAAUCAAAAUGCGCCUCCUCGCCGUCCGCUCCAAGCAAUGCGCUUCCAAAAAGAACAAAUACCACUGCCCGGAAGUCUUCCUCGAUGUGGUCGCAGACAAACUAACCGCCACCGCUGUCCUCUUCCUGAACGUCGAACUCCUCUCCGAAUUCUACUACAAUUUCCCCCGCGAGCUCGAUCUCCGACUCGGGCGCCAUCUCUCCACCUCUGAAAUCGAACGUUUCGCACGCGAAGACCCGCGCAUCCGCCGACAUCUGGAUGUCAUUAAAAAGAAAGAGAUGCUUGAGCUGGUGCUGGAGAAGAUUGAGAGUUUAAGGCAGUUAGAAGGACGGAGUAAAGCGUCUGGGCAACAGGUUUCUGCCGCGAAGGAGCGGUCAAAGGGGUGGCGGCUGUUCUGAGAGAGAUAUUCCUUUACUUCAUUUUCCUUUCCCAUUUCUUGACUUUUUGUUGGUUUGGCUUGAUGUUUAUCUCUCUCCCCUGGGACCCCAGCCCUAGCCCACCAAAACACAACGCUGUAUUCUUCUCACACUGAUUCGGUUUUUCUCCUUAUCUUCUUUAUUGUUCUCCCACUUCUUCUAAGAUUUUACAUCAUAUACCAGGAUAUUCAGAAUUGGGCUGGCGUCGAGAUUAGGAGGGUUGUUAAUUCAGGAGGGUUGUCCCCCCUUUUGCCUGUGCUUUUUGUCUAAAUUUAAUCAUACUAUUCUUUGUACAGUACACAUGCAUGUACCAGGACUUGUCCCCUUGUGAUUUUGCUUUCUUAAUGAAUGUUGUGCGUGUGACUUCCCUUUAGUGCAUGUUCCGACGAUUUUCGAUGAUGCAUUCUUGCAUUUCCACAUCUCCGUUCAUUCCAAUGUGAGAGCUAUUGCACAGGUUUCAUCUAAUAAAAGAAAAGAAAAAGAAAAAGAAAAAGAAAAAGAA